AGUGUCAUUUUUUUAAGUGUUUAAAUGGAAGCUCAUGAUAUAUGUUUAAUACUGCAGUUGUAUAAUGUUUAUUAAUGUCAAACAAAUAUGGGAGAGGAGUCGACGCUUUUUAUUUUCGUUAUACAAGACAAAUUAUACAUAUAUAUUGAUAUUACAUUAUUAACAAAAUAGUAUACCACGGAAGUUAAGUCGUUUGAAGGAACUUGAUACCAGUGAUAUUUAUAUGCAUUUCACAACAGACAAUAGACGAUAUAUUUAAUAGAUAAUUGAAUAAUAAAAGCAAAAGAUUGCCAACUUGUCAACUUGUCAACGUAUUUUAAAGAACUGAAGAUGAUCUCGGUACUAUAUCUGCUGCUGUGUGUGAUUCUUUCACAUACCAUAUACGAAGUAGCAGCACAAUGUAGUGGCACAUCAGCUGAAAUAAUUGUAGGAUAUAAUAUUAAUAGCAUCACACCUCCUGGAUAUCCUAACGGAUAUGCUGAAUAUCUAAAUUGUUCUUGGAUUGCUAGAACGCAAGUGCAAGGUGAUUUUUUGUUAAUAAUGAUAACAGAGAACACACUUUCAUGUAGUGGUGACACAGUCAACGUUCAUGACGGUCAGAAUAGUUCCGCUAAUAAAUUGAGUUCGAAAGGUUGUUCAGAUAAUGGAAAUGUUGCAACCAGUGGAUUCAAAAUAACAACAGCGGAAUCGGCAUAUAUUGAAUUUGUAUCAGACGGUAUAUCUGCAUCUACUGAAAAAGGAUUUGAUAUGAAAAUAAUCAGUGGUCAUGAUUUUGCAGGAUCAGCAUGUGACUCAUCGGUCACUCUCACUGCAACCAGCAAUACACAAUAUAUUUCUUCCCCUAACUUCCCUGAAUCGUAUCCCAUGGAUAAAGACUGCCAAUGGAUAAUACACACUACAUUAGGAAGAGUUAUAUUAAACCUUUUGUUCAUGGACAUUGAAUCCUGUCAGUAUGAUUACCUUAAAGUUACAGAUGAGGGAUAUAGUCUAAAUUUCUGUAAGGAAAGAUAUUGGUCGGAGAUAACAUAUGUCUCGAAUGGGACGUCCAUAACAGUCGAUUUCCAUAGCGACGAGGAGUCACAACGACAAGGAUUUAUGUUAUCGUACCAACAGACAAAUUUGCCAUGCUCAUACUGCACAGCAAAUAUUACAAAACCAUUUUAUAUUUUAACAUUCAUCUUGGCAUUUUGUCUCUGCUGAAAAUAUAGCAAAUAUGAUCAUACCUUCAAUUAAAAAGUAUAUUUGAGUAUCAU